AGGGGAUCUAUUGUGUUGCCAUAAUGCAGGCUCAGUGGGUGUGAACUCCGGCCAUGUGCUCUGUUCAAUACAAGAGGGAUAAUCUCAGAAGCUGACCAAGCAGCAAACAAACUCUGUGGGUGCUGCUCUGAAGUCAGUCCCUCUGCUGUUGCUAUUACCACAAAUGACACAGGCAAUCGGUGAGCUGAGAACCGUAUCCUUACGUCAGUGACAAAUCAACCAGCAACUUGCGUCAGCACUAAACCAUCUACUUGACAGGCAACAAGAACGUGAAAAAGACAGCGCUCAGUGGAGAGACACUGUGGAUAAUUUAAUAUGCGUACCUCUAUCUAGGCAAAUGUACUGGAAUUAAACCCAUUUGAGAGAAAAACGAAGAAAGAAACCUGAGGUAAAGGGGUUUGAGGAGAAAAAAAAAUGGAAAGCAAGGAGACGAAAAGAUGCAACACACCAGUGAAUAGGAAACUGUAUGGGGGAGGAGAGCGUAAAAACCUCAGGGAGAUGGGUGUGUGAGGUGCGAGAGUGUGUCAGUUGUGUGGGUGAGUGUUACUACUGGUAACCAGGCAGGAAAGGACGUUGUCUCAUGAGAACGUGACGAGAGAACAAAAAAGAGAAGGAACCACAUAUGAAAAGCAUUCUGUCUCACUGUGACAGAUUCUCAAGCUCUGAGAGUAGUCUCCUCCUACAACACAAUCUUGUGAAACCUGUGACAAAAACUACUACCACCACUAUUACUUCCGAUGCUGUUGUUCCUGCUGUUGCUGACGAUGGCGGCAAUGAAAAGGACUUGUGUUCUCCGCCGGACUCUAGACGGAUUGCAGUAACAAGCUCGGAGUAGCUGUUUUGAUAAUGAUCUGAACAGCAGCUGAUGUCUAAUGUUUUACUUCUUCACCGAGGACUACAGACUGAACUGCCUCAAAGGAGUUUUAUCUGUGGCGGUGCUGUUUGGAUACGGUGAAGGAGGAUUAUUAUGAGCCAGCUUGAGGGGACAAAAUGCAGCUUCCUGUUGUGCCUGGGGAUGAGUAUUAUUAUCUGUUCAGUCAUUUACAUGAGGACCAGGAUGCCAACUGAGCCUAAGCUGCCAGAACCUCCAAUUUGCAGGCCCUUCUCCACUGAAUGUAAAGCUCUGGUGCCCGGCAUGGAGGAAGGAGUGGAGUGGCACCGCCGUGACUGCCAGGUGGAAAGUUAUAUUCUGAAUAGUGGCAUGCAGUGUUCAAAUUUGACCAGUGACCUGCACUUCAUCACAAGACCUCUAAGUCGUGAGGAGGAGGACUACCCUUUAGCAUUCAUUGUAACUAUUCACAAGGAGCUGGAGCUAUUUGUGCGCCUCUUGCGGGCUAUUUACAUGCCACAAAAUGUCUACUGCAUUCAUGUGGAUAAUAAAGCUACGCUGGAGUACCAGGCGGCGGUAAUGAAGCUAGUCGGCUGCUUUAAAAAUACCUUCCUCUCCAGCCGCAGCGAGACAGUGACGUACGCUGGGUUUUCCCGCCUGCAAGCAGAUUUUAACUGCAUGAAGGAUCUAGCAAAGUCAAAGAUAGGCUGGAGGAAGGUGGUGAAUCUGUGCGGACAGGAUUUCCCUGUCCAGAGCAACCUGGAACUGGUGCGGUACAUGCAGAGCAAAGAGUGGAGGGACAGAAACAUGACGCCCGGGGUCAAGCAGCCGGAGUCUAUGAGGCACAGAACACAGCUUCAGCACAGGGAGAUAAUGGGCUCACAUGUAACCCAGAAAGGGUUGGGACUUAGGAAAGGUCCUCCUCCACAUAACUUGAAAAUUUAUUUUGGAACAGCCUACUAUGCUCUCACAAGAGCUUUUGUAGACUUUGUUCUGAAAAGCCCAAUAGCCCAGGACCUCUUGGAGUGGUCCAAAGACACGUUCAGUCCAGAUGAGCACUACUGGGUGACACUCAACCACAUCAAAGAAGCUCCAGGCAGCCACAUCGAUGGAGGCUGGGCAGGAGACAUCCGGGCAAUCAAGUGGAGGGAUCAAGAGGGAAGGACACACAAUGGCUGCAAAGGACAUUACGUACGAGACAUCUGUAUCUAUGGAGUGGAAGACCUACCAUGGAUCAUCAACAGGAACAGCAUGUUUGCCAAUAAGUUUGAGAGUAAUACCUUUCCUGAGGCCCUGGACUGCCUGGAGCAGUGGCACAGGAACAAGGUGCUGAACCAGGCAACUGUUCCCAUAGAGCCAUCAUGGCUGCUGGCCACACAGAGCAACUCAAGCAACAGCUACUUCAACAGCAUUGCCGGGGCAUGAAAUCGCCGCUGAUAUCCUCAACAAAAGUCGGCCUACAUGCAGUUCCGAUUAUUUGCACUCGUUCAGUGGCUGUGAAUGUCAAAAAUGUGGUCA